AUGACAGAUCCGAAUUCAUCGCCCCGUUCAGCCUCAAGUUUGAAUUAUACCCAGCAUCCCGUCAAACCCGAAUUGGCUUCGAUCCCAUCGACAUCCACAAACAAUAAAUCACCAGAUAUAACACAACAGCUGGUACCACCGCCUUCUUCAAAUAUGAGCGACGUUGAAUCUUUGAACCGAGCAGCAACGGUGAAAGCUGCAGCUGGCCAAGCAUCAUCUUCAGAAGCGUUGGCUCCUCCACAGCAAACACAACUUGAAGCAUCUGAACCUCCACCACGACAAUUUCAAGCCACCAAUUUACAAGCGAAAACUAUGUCGCCUGCAAGCGGAAUCUCUCCUUUCACAUCGCAACUUGCCACGGGCAACGAUAACGGUUCAAAUCAUAAACCCAAAGUCAAAGUGUUGGACGUUGCCAGAGACAUGGCCCAUGGUGGAGAUAUCUUUAAAAUCCCUCCAUCUCCAAAUUCCACCAUCAAUAAGCAUACAUCUCAGUCUUCCUCGUUUAGCAAGAGACAUUCUAUGAUAAGCCAAUACUCUGCCAAGACCGAACAUGAAGAAGCCGUGCCUGUUACUGUGAAACGCACCGAUUCAACAAAGCUCAAGUUUCUCGGAAAGGGAACGUCUGGCACUGUCGGCCCCAGCACCGGCCCCAGCACCGGCCCCAGCACCGGUACCACCUUCAAAAUGGACGAAAAUUUGCACAAGGAUCGAAUUGUGCCAAACAAGCAAAAGAGCCCUCGACUCAUUUCCAAAGAAUACACGGGAGAAGAGUACCUUGACCGCUCGAGAUCUUCCGCUACUGAAACUGAAGACUCAUAUGAAGCCGGCUCUGAAUUUGAUGACUAUGACGAUGAAGCCGAGAAAAGUUCGAUUCAAAUGGGCAAAUUGCCUACAAAAGCAUCUGCUGCGCAAAGCACCCCUGACAAGAGCUUUCAAACCAAGAUUGAAGGCGCUAUACCUCCGAGAUCCCCACGUAGACUUCUUUCCGUUGCCGGUAUAGUUGGAGGUGGAAGUGCCAGUAGUAGCAAUGGCAGUUUCACUACUGCCGAAUCUACUAGUGGCAAUCUUCCUACUAGUGCCGCCGCCACACCCAGAGCGAAAAAGAAGAGGCAGAGUAUGGAUGAUGGCAGGAGGAAAUCGAUUCAAGUUGACUUGGACCGGUUGAUGAACGACGCAAGCUCGAUUCUGUCGUCGAAUUACACGCAAGAACCACCACUACCUGACAACGAACAGGAAAUACAAGAAAAAGAAGAAGAAAGGGGACUCGGUCUUGAAAUAGUCGCGGAGAAACCAGUUGAAAUUCAAAGUCCCGGUGACGAAAUGGCAGAUGCCGAAGCUGAUGAAACAAUGAAGCUAGAUGAAGAACAACCACAAAUUUCAUCACCACAACAACAAAAAGAAGAAGAAAUGGCAUCAUCGCCUCUACUGCUCGAGAGGGCAAAGUUACCCCCUCGCCCCUCCGCGGAACGCGUACUAUGCGCACGCCAACUCUCAGCCAAUUUACAACAUCGCGAACUCGAACACGAAAUCGAGCACGAGCACGAACCAGCACCGGUGAUUGAGCCACCGAGUCUCAUAGCUGAGUCCGCGCCAGUUGAAGAAAUCAACGAUGAAAACUACACCGACAUUGAAGAAGAAGAAGAGGAGCCAGUCCAGUUAUCCCACUUGCCAUCGCGGGCGAAAUCAGUCAAGAGCUCCAUGCGCCGUGGCAAAUCCUCGCAUGAAACCCAACCUCUCCCCAAGGAUGCCCACUUGAAAAAGCAGAAGAAGAAGAAACAUAGACAUCAUCAUCAUCAUGGCACAGCUCCGGAUUUGAAGCCCUUCAGUUACAACACUCUAAUCUCGCUCCUCGAGAGCAUGAAUGGUACUAUUAUAGGUGAGGAGUUUAGCAGUUUGAAUAUUCCAGUUCGAGAGAAGCAAUUGGUGGAGAAGAUUAUUGAUAGUUUGAGUCGGUUGAGCGCUGAUAUGGUUUUGGACCAGGAGAGGUAUGAUGUCGGAUGUAAGCGGUUGGAAAAGGCGCUACGUGUCUUGGAAGGGUUCUUUUAA